AUGGAGCACGGUGGAGAGGGCCAUUCGAUGCCCAUGCCGGGGCACGAAGGGCACCAUAUGCCCGAGCAUGACGGCACAGGCAACCCCUGCAUCAUGAGCAUGACGUGGAACUCGAACACACGCGAUGUGUGCAUCAUUACGCCCGCGUGGCACAUCCGGUCGAGCCAAGGAUUCGUCGCGUCGCUCCUCGUGAUCUUUGGCGUGAGUGUCCUGUACGAGUACCUGAAGUGGGUGGUGCGGUGCCUGGACGUGGCGAUUGUGCGUCUCGAGGCGGCGAGCGCGUCGCCAUAUGCACGGUCAAGGCGCGAGGGCGAGGCCGACACGGACGGCGAGGCGGCCGCCGCGUCGCUCCUGCGCCCCCGUCCGACCAACGCGCGUCGCCUGAUUCCCCUGACGUACGCGGACCUCGUUGCGAACGAUGCCGAAGAAGAUGCGCCUGUGACGACCAAGCGGAGCAGGCCCGCGCCAAGUGCACUGCGGCUCCUGUACGUAUUCUAUCUAACCCAGUCCCGUGUCGAUGCAGACGCCGACGCGCUUGCAUAG